AUUUGGUGCAAAUGACUUAUACGCCCCCGCUAGGGCGGUGCCUGUGCAGGUACCGGCUAACGGUGGCGCUGAAUAAUCGGCCCAGCGCAUUGACCAAUCACAGCCGCGCCAUUCCAUUAUUCUGACCUCCGCGAAACCACUCCCCAAGUGCCGCAUCGUCACGACUUUCUUCCCUCGACCCUUCAAUCGACGCCACCCGCCGUGAGCUCGCACAACACACUGCACACAAUGCUGUCCUCGAAGGCGACGACCAGGCAGGCCGUCACCCUCUCACGGACCGCCGUGAGAGGUCUGGCGACCGUGCAGGAUGGCACCCCCAAGCGCACCUACGGUGGUCUGCGAGACCAGGAUCGCAUUUUCCAGAACCUGUACGGACGAUACCCGGCCGACCUCAAGAGCGCGAAGCGAAUGGGAGACUGGCACAAGACCAAGGAGAUCCUGGACAAGGGACACGACUGGAUCAUCAGCGAGGUGAAGGCGUCUGGCCUGCGCGGUCGCGGUGGUGCUGGUUUCCCUUCUGGACUGAAAUGGUCGUUCAUGAACUUCAAGGACUGGGACAAGGACGACAAGCCGCGCUACCUCGUCGUCAACGCUGAUGAGGGCGAGCCCGGUACAUGCAAGGACCGCGAAAUCAUGCGCAAGGACCCCCACAAGCUCAUCGAGGGCUGCCUCGUCGCUGGCCGUGCCAUGAACGCCACCGCCGCGUACAUCUACAUCCGUGGCGAGUUCAUCCACGAGGCUGCUGUCCUCCAGCGUGCUAUCAACGAAGCCUACCAGGACGGCCUGAUUGGCAAGAACGCCUGCAACUCUGGCUACGACUUUGACGUGUUUGUCCACCGCGGUGCCGGUGCCUACGUCUGCGGCGAGGAGACCUCGUUGAUCGAGUCCCUCGAGGGCAAGCCCGGCAAGCCCCGUCUCAAGCCCCCCUUCCCUGCCGCCGUCGGUGUUUUCGGAUGCCCCUCCACCGUGGCCAACGUCGAGACCAUUGCCGUCGCGCCCACCAUCUGCCGCCGUGGCGGUGACUGGUUCGCUGGCUUUGGCCGUGAGCGCAACCAGGGUACCAAGCUCUUCUGUAUCUCCGGCAACGUCAACAACCCGUGCACCGUGGAGGAGGAGAUGUCCAUCCCGCUACGGGAGCUCAUCGACAAGCACUGCGGUGGUGUCAAGGGUGGGUGGGACAACCUCCUGGCUGUCAUUCCUGGCGGUUCAUCGACACCCAUUCUCCCCAAGAGCGUGUGCGAUGACCAGCUCAUGGACUUUGAUGCGCUCAAGGACAGCCAGAGUGGUCUCGGUACCGCCGCCGUCAUCGUCAUGGACAAGAGCGCCGACGUCGUCCGCGGCAUCAGCCGUCUCAGCCACUUCUACCGUCACGAGAGUUGCGGACAGUGCACCCCCUGCCGUGAGGGCAGCAAGUGGACUGAGCAGAUCAUGCAGCGUUUCGAGAGGGGCCAGGGCCGCGAGAGGGAGAUUGAUAUGCUCCAGGAGCUGACCAAGCAGGUUGAGGGUCACACAAUUUGCGCUUUGGGAGAGGCUUUCGCUUGGCCCAUCCAGGGUCUCAUCCGUCACUUCCGGCCCGAGCUGGAGGCCAGGAUGCAGGCGUACGCAGAGCAGCACGGUGGCCACCAGACACUGGCCGGUGGUUUGGAGCACGACGCGCGGGCGCACGGAAAGCUGACUUCGCCCGGACAAUAGGCGUAGACUAGAUCUUUUGCGUGAAGAUGGGCCUCUUGUAGAGGGAGGCGCGGUUUGAUUGGGCUCACGUCCGUGUACCUACAUAGUUAUGCAUAGUCUGCCACUUGUACGGUGGCGUAUUUACUUUGUCAAGGCAUUCGGGUUGACCGUAAGGUACUUGGUGAGGUUUCAUCAUCGUCCAAGCUACGGGCACGUGACAAGAGUAUAGCGUCUCACAAGCUCAUCCACAGACGACAUGGACUCAACAGUCUGCUGUAAGAGCAAUCAAGCUUGUU